AUGACCUCUUCUACUACAGAAAUAUCAAAUAAUAUUAAAAGUUUUACUAUUUUAUCACCAAAACCAGGAAGAAUUGAAAAUAUUAAAGUUAAGAAAGGUGAUUUAGUUAAUGAGGGACAGGAAUUAAUUGUUAUUCAAACAAUGAAAAUGCAAAAUAGUUUAUUUGCUAUCAAAAAUGGAAAAGUAAAAAAUGUUAAUUGUAAAGUUGGUGAUACUGUUGGUGAAGGAGAAAUUUUGAUUGAAAUAGAAUAA